CCGAAAACUCUCCCCAAACCCCUCCUCCUCGCCGCCGUCUUCCCCGCCGGCCGCCGCUCGCCACCGCCCACCGCCAUGCCUUCCCAUUUCCAACUCCCAUGGCUACCCAAGAACCCCAACUCCCCCACCACCACCACGACCACGAACCCGAGCCCUACAAUCCCCAACCCCUUCCUCCCCAUCCAGGCAGGCCUCACCUCCUUCCUCUCCUCCCUCCCGCUCCCGCGCGCGGCCGCCCCGCCGCCGUGGGCCCGCAUCUCCUCCCCCGCCUCGGUGUCGGUGGCCUCGGCUCUCCCCGUCGCGGAGAUCGAGGAGCGGCUCGCGGGGGUCCCCGUCUACGCGCUCGCUAACUCCUCGCAGGAGUUCGUGCUCGUGUCGUCCGCGCGCGAGGGAGGGGAAGGGGGGCGUCGUGCCCCGGCCACGGUGCCGCCGCCGGCGCUCGGGCUCCUGUGCUUCCGGAGGCAGGACGCCGACGCCCUCCUGGCGCAGAUGGACGGGGACAUGGCGGCCGGCUCCACCGUCGUGCCCGUCGCUCUAAACAAGGUUAUCCAACUUAAGUCUGAUGGUGUGGCAUUUAGAUUUGUUCCUGAUUCUUCUCAGGUGGCUAAUGCAAUGAAGUUACUGGAAGAUGAAGGGCAGAAUGUGAACGAUGGAUUCCCAGGGGUUCCUGUUUUUCAGUCAAGGAGCUUGGUGCUGAUGAGUGAUAACAAGAGAUAUCGUCCAGUUUUCUUCAGAAAGGAGGACUUGGAUAACUCACUACAUCGAGCCUCUCGUGACCAGCAAAAGCCUAACCCUGCUGUAAAGAUGGGUGACAUUCAGGUUUCUUCUUUGGAGAAUAUCAUCAAGUCCAUGAAGGAUAGCUCCUCUUCAAAUUGGGAUGAUGCUGUUUUUAUUCCACCAGGAUUUGAUUUAGCUACUAGUUCAAAGCAGUCAAAUCGCAACAAGUAGAUCUUUAUUUAUAUAGCUGCUUAAGUGCUCUUGUUAUGAAAAAUGCUUACAUGAACAUAUUGAAAGAAAUAGAGUACAUGUUCAUACC